GUAAAGAGCCAAUGUGCUUGUACGGGUACCCGGACGGUAGUUGGGAGUUGACACUGCCGGAGGAGAUGGUGCCGCCAGGCCUGCCGGUGCCGACACGAGGCAUCAACCGCCGGCGAGAUUAUGUGAACCGUUCUGACUACCUGACACUCGUCGCCCACCACUCCGACUCGUGGCUCAUGGGCGUCACCUUUUUCUUGUCCACUCAUCUCGACGCCUACCAAAGGAUACGUUUAUUUGAUAUGGUAAACGAGAUGCGAACAGUCCAUGACGAAUUCUAUCUCUCUUACGGUCUUUCUUGGCUAUCAACAUUUGCGCGAUACAAUGCAAACAGGGAGUCGAGUGCACCAACUCAAGAGAAUGUGUCCAAUCCAGACGUAGUCUCCAUCACACAUGCUGAAGAGAACGUGCCAGCUGCUCAAGACUCGAUGCAAGUUUUGUCUGCUCCAAACAGGGACUCUAGGAAGCCUGCUAAAGACAAACAAAAGGAUAAUGAAGUUACUGACUUUUGCGGAUCUUGUAAUGCUCCGUAUCAUGCCAAUGCCUUUUGGAUUGGUUGUGACGGAUGUGACCAAUGGUUCCAUGGCAAAUGUGUGAACAUAACUGCCUCUGAAGCAAAAUAUAUCGAAGAAUACAAGUGUCCUGACUGCAUCCGCGAGGUGAUCGGAGAGUAGGAUAUAAUAUGUGCCCCAUUCCUUUAUUUUAGGGUAUGCAGUCACCCUUUGUAUGAAAAAUGAUUAACUAGAAAGGUAGUGAGAGAGGCAUUACAUUCUUUUCCCAUUCCGUUGGGAUAUAUUUAAGAAUUCAGUUUACAA